CUACUGCUACGGCUGCUGACAGGCCAGCUCUGUCCCAAUAUAAUGCCUAUGGUAGAGAAGACAGUUAUUAUAUUGUGUACAGUGGGUCUGGCCUGUAAACAGACACAGGUAGGCAGCAGACCGACAAUCAGUACUUAUCAACAGCUCUUUAUGUGUUUACGUUUCUGCAAGACUCCUCAUUUAUAAUGUAUAUGCCAGUACAUGCUUGUAUUGAUACAUAGAACAACACUGGAUUAUGUCUUGCAUAACAAGAUUAACGCGGUGUUACGAAAACAAUUUGUUUUGUCAGUGAAAAAGCUUUUUAUUGAUCUGGUGAAUUGAUCAAGAGCGAUGGUACAGCUUUAAUUUCUUUAUCCGAAUUUUCGGUAACGCUGGUUUAGGAUUGUCAAAAGAUUCUGGAAAUGGCAGAUGUAUUAUGCUUGAUGUUCUAAGACGAAACACGGUUGUCUUGUGUCAACCGAGUGUACAGCAUGGCUGUUUGAUAAUCUUGGCCUCCAGUUUAAGCCUUUGGUGAAAACAGGGGAAUUUUUGUGGAUUUCGUCUCUGUGUGGCCAAGCAGGAGGCCAUCUACUCCAUUGGCUGCUGAUGGGACGUCAUCACUGACAUAACAACGGCUACAGAGUGGUCUCCCCCUGGACAAGUACCACAUUUUCUGGAUGUUUUCCACGAAUAAUUACACCUGGAGGAUGUAGUCCCUCAUAUAAACCGUGGUCAUGAAUGCCAAAUUCUAAAUGAAGACAAUUUGUGUUUUAUUAGCUUUGAAUUCUAAGAUCAAUCGCUCCAAGGCAUUGGACGUUUGGUGAGGUGACAGAGCUUCAUGUGCCAGUGUUUGGGCACCUGCUUAAUAAGUGUGUUGGAAUUUACAACAUCGUAACUUGUGCUUCUCAGGAUGUCCCGAAAAAUCAGCAACAAUAACUCUCUCGUCAACUACAGAAACCUUGGCAAGUCUGGCCUGAGGGUAUCCUGUGUUGGCUUAGGGACGUGGGUAACAUUUGGUGGUCAGGUAACAGAUGAGGUUGCGGAAGAAAUCCUGACACUUGCCUAUGAGAGUGGAAUUAAUUACUUUGACACUGCUGAAGUGUAUGCUGCUGGCAAGGCAGAAAUUCUACUCGGGAAACUUCUAAAGAAAAAGACAUGGAGACGAUCCAGUUACAUCAUAUCAACAAAGAUAUAUUGGGGUGGAAAAGCGGAGACAGAAAAGGGUCUUUCAAGAAAACAUAUUAUAGAAGGUCUGCGAGGUUCACUAGAACGUUUACAGCUGGAGUAUGUCGACAUCGUUUUUGCCAACAAACCUGAUCCUCACACACCUAUGGAAGAGAUUGUACGAGCGUUCACGCAUGUGAUUAAUCAGGGCUGGGCCAUGUACUGGGGGUCGUCACGCUGGAGCGCCACAGAAAUCAUGGAAGCUCACUCUGUUGCGAGACAAUUUAACCUUAUUCCACCUGUUGCUGAACAAGCCGAGUAUCAUUUGUUCCACAGAGAGAAAGUCGAACUCCAUAUGCCAGAACUUUACCAUAAAAUAGGCAUUGGAACAAUAACGUGGUCACCGCUGGCAGGCGGUGUUCUGACGGGGAAAUAUGACGAUGGGGUUCCUAUAUACUCCCGAGCAGCUCUCAAGGGUUAUGUUUGGCUAAAAGAGAAAAUUUUAUCAGAAGAUGGAAGACGACAACAAGCCAAAUUACGAGAAGUUGCCUGUAUAGCUGACAGAAUAGGGUGUUCAUUAUCACAGUUAGCGAUAGCGUGGAGCUUGAAGAAUGACAAUGUCCACUGUGUUCUCCUUGGGGCUUCCUCUGUUGAUCAGCUUUAUGAAAAUAUUCAGGCCAUACAGUAUGUUCCAAAACUCACUCCCGACAUUAUGUGUGAACUAGACAAAAUGUUAGGAAACCGGCCGCAGCAGCGUAAAGACCCGUACAGGACAAAGAGCGUACCCUCUAUACAGUUACAAAAUGGGGGAGUCCAUUUCUAACACAGCAAAUUAAGGGUAAGAACAAAACAAUCACACCAUCCUAAAUCCUAGCAUUGAAAAUCGUCUGUCAUGAGCUCUAGGUAUCCGUUUCUAACACUCUAUUGUCUUUUCUCUUUGUUUUGUUCCUAGACUUGUCUCUCAUUUAAAUAUAUAUGGUUAUGGUAAUAUGUUUAUCAGACAUGUUUUUCCUAUGUAAUCCAGUUUGCACUAGUUAGCAUAAACAUUUGUUACUUUGAUUAUCACUACCUUCAGAUUUUGUCAGCUACUGCCGAUAUUAAUAUUUUCAGUUUUGGGUAUUAUAAAUGAGAUAUGCACCGAAUAGGUGUUACUAUUGAAAAAAAAAUGAAGCAACAAAAAUUACUAAAUCUAUGUCAGAAGUAUGUCGAAUUAACAUUUUUGACAAUUUCUGAAAAGAGUCUUUAUUUUGUGGGAGAUUUUGAAAUCUUGCACAGCACAAUUAAAAAAAAAUGAUUGUCGAGAAUGAUUAACUGUUGCUCAGACAUUACUUUGGGAAAAUGUGGGUUAGUUAGCAUCAAACAUUUAGUUGUAGUGGAGGUGUGGGUUAGAGAGUAUCAAACAUCAUUAGGUUAUAGUAAAGGUGUGGGUUAGAGAGUAUCAAACAUCAUUUGGUUAUAGUAAAGGUUUGGACUUGAGAGUAUCAAACACGAUCUGGUUUUAGUGAAGUUGUUGGUUAGCAAGCAGCAAACAGUAUCUUGUUAUAGUGAAGGUGUGGGUUUGAGAGUAUAAAACAUUAUCUGGUUUUAGAGAAGUUGUGGGUUAUAGAGUAUCAAACAUGAUUUGAUUUUAGUGAAGUUGUGGGUUAGCAAGCAGCAAACAUCAUCUGGUUUUAGUGAAAAUGUGGUAACAUUUAUUUUGGCACAUGUUGUUUCAUUGUUGCACAUCAAUAUAUCCAGAUUUAGAAAGCAUGAUUAGAAAACAACUUUAUUUCUCGCAAUUUCAUUUGAAACAUUAGUAGAAAUUCCAAUUACAUGAGAGUGAAAGCAUGUCUGACAACUAAACAAAUGGAAGACAACUCUGUUAUAAUGUUUCGCUAUUUACCCACGGAAUGCUCCUUAUUUUUUAACUGUUUGAAUAUUUAUUUAUCAGUACUUUUCCUAUACUAGUAUUGCUAUUUUGAUAUAGUUUCUGACUUUGUUACUUAUGUUUAAAGCAUGGGCUCUCUUAUUAACAAACAUCCAUCAUGCCUAAACGAUGUAAUAAAAUUCUUGUUUUGUGGAGAAAAAGGAAAAGCAAUCAAAAUAAAAAAAAAAGUUUAAUCAGAAAAACAAUAUGUACUCGUAUUGGCAUUAUGUUUUAUGGUAAUAAUUACGGUUAUUUCGAUAAAUGUUAUGUAAAAUAAUGCCAUGCAAAUAACGAUUUUAAUACAUGUUUUCAGAACAUGAAACACUGUAUCUGCAUUCGUUUAAAUGAAGGAUGGUUGUGGCUAUUUCAUACUAGAACGUUGUUAUUUGGGUCUGGUUUGAUAUAAACAUAUUAUUUACCGAUAUUUUUUCACAACUAAUUACGUUACUGAUUAUACAUUGUUAUCUACUGAUUGUCAAGGUUACCUGCAUUAUUGUAUUAUAUCAAUUAACAUUGACAUUAUCAAACUAACAUUUCCUAAAAUUUUGUUAUUUGAAAAUUAUAUUAUGUUGGCUUUGAAAAUAGAAAUCUACAAUAUUUGUUAGGAUUUGUACAAUAUCCACAAGACAAUACAUGAAUGUAUAUUAUUGUUGUCAGAUGAAAAUGAAAUAUUAUAUCUAUUAUCUGUGAUUGUUGUGUUCUAUAUUUAUGGAACAUCAUGAAGCCAUUUAGCAGGGUAUUUUGGCAAUUUUCAAUAUAAAAUUGAAAUUAAUUUGUAUUAUUUCCAGGACAGUUACAUUAUAUCAAUCCUUGGUUGGUUAAACUGUAAAGAUUUGGAAUGACAAUUAUGAAAUCCUUUGUCAUUUUUUAUCGUUGAUUACCUAAUGGAACAGUAUGACUUAAGUUUCGCGAUCAUGCAAUUGUCAGUUUACAGUUCUUGCUUUCGUGUGAUUUAAAUCAUAGUGUUUUCAAUUGUGACAAUCAAGAUAUCAAUUUGUAAAAUUGCCAAAAUUUCACCCUAGAAAAUUGCCAUUUGUAAUACAAUGCACAAUCAAAUUACUCAGUAAAAUUGUACAUAGCGUGAUAUUGUGUUCUGCUAAUGGUCAAUGGCUGUUCUGUUCUUUGCAAUGUAUAAUAAGAAGUAGAUAAUACUUACCGUACAAUAGAAGUGACUCUUGUUAUAAUCUGUACAUUAUCAGCUAGAAUGUCUGGAAUAGAUAAGAUCAAACAUAAUUUCGUUUAGCUCAAAUUUCUCGUUUUGGAUAAACAAAUUGUGUGAUGAUGUCAGAGACAAAACUUUUUUUUUUUACUAACGUUGUAACAAAUGAUUAUAAUUAUGUUUGUUAAGGCGAGUCCUAAUUCUAGUACUUCUGAUGGAACUUACCAGUUCCUGUUUUUUACACUUGUUCACGUUCCACUUGACUUUUUCCAGAAACAAAACUAGGCCUAAAAUCCCCACAAAAUGUUGACAUAAAUCGAGAUUUUAGUAUCUUUGGGCUCCUUACAUAUUUACUGUAAAUCACUUAGAUUUUGCGAAUACUUUAAUUCGCGAAUUUACCACUUCAGACAUUUGGGAAUACAUGAUUUAUUGAACUGUUCUAGAAAUAAUUUGAUUAUAAUGAUGAGCUGUGAGUGUCAUGAACACUGCAAGACUCCUGUAUCGGUAGCGGAAGUUUGGCCGUCAUAUAUAACCUCGAGGAGUUUUGCGAUUGAUUCUCCUCGCGUAUUACCGCAUACAUAAAUCCCACGCGAAAUAUAAGUGGUUUACAGUAUCUUAUUGUGAUUUCAUAUACGUGAUGUACGUGUUGAUUUGAAGCUUUUUCAUCAAAUUUGAUUUUCAAAAAUGUUCAAAAGAAACACAAUUCCCAAAUUAGAUUAAUUCAUGAGCCGUGACAUGAUAGAACGAAGUUUUCAUGUAAUGCACAUCAGAGCAUGUUAAGAGCAAACUGCUCGAUACAUGAAGGAGUUGUAGAAUAUGUAGUGUUUCAAUAUUUAAUGAAGAGUCUCUAAGCUUCAGAUAUAUGCAUGUGUAAAUAAUGGUUAUGGUUCUUCUCGCACUGAGACUUUGUGCUUUCUUUUUUUAUUAUAGACCGAUACCAUUUUCUAAUUAGCAUCUCCUACGUGACUGCCGUUCCUUGUGUGUGCGCACGUUGUAAGUUACUGUGUGGUUAAAGUGUGGACUACUACCACCAUCUAGGAUCUGUACAAAAGUAACAAACUAACCAUUAAAUAUCAUCGGUAUUUCCAAUUUCAUGUUAACUCGGCAGGACCGGAAAUUCAUAGGGAAUCGACAAUAUUGUAUGAAUAUUUGCAACAAAUCUAUUUUGAUAAUGAAGAAAGUAAGAAAAUGUAAAUAUAAGUUAGUAAGACUAACAUGUUCUUAAGCCACCAAUAUCGGUGUUGUAACAGUGUAUUUAGCCACAUGUUGUCCACUGUUCUGAUAACGUUAUUAUUUAGCCGUCUCACAAGUACAAUUCAUCAACAAGAUUUCAAAAGAUAGGUGGCUAGACUAUCGGGAUCAACCGUUGAACAGGAAAUCAAAAAUUGAAAUGGCGGAAAAUUUUGAUUUUUAAAUUUCAAAUUUUAACCCACACUGAACAAAUGAUAGACCAAUUCAGUCAAAGUUUAUGUGUAAUGUAACUCAUUGAAAUUAACAGAAUUGAAGUUUAUGUCUGAACACGUGACAAGCAGUUCAGCCAUAUUGUCGAUGUGAGCCUGACGCAUGUGAUUGACUGCCAAUAAUGUGACUCAAUUACAUGUACACCACUUACCUUUUUGGCGUUUCCUGCGAAUUCACUGACGUUGAUUUUUAUAAUUUACUCAUUGUACGACUGAUUUGCUGUUAUCUCGACUUAAUUUUAAGUUAGUAUGCAAAUCGCUUUGAUAAUUAGUCUGGGUCUAUGAAUGUGAUAUGAAUUUAUCACUAAACGUAAUUUGUAUUGUACUUGUCAAGGCUUCAGUCUUUGACUGGAGUAUCAAGUUUAUUUUAAGCAUUUUCAAUUAAUAGUGCAAAAAUUUGAUCCGAAACUGGAUUUGUUUUCAGAAAAAAAUGAUUUUUUUUUCUUCUUAUAUGUAUUGUUGUAUCCUUCAAGCUUAGUACAGUUUAUUUUUGGAAUUCGGUGUUACAAUGAUUUGUAGCAAAACCUAAAAAAAAUAGGUUUUGAAAAAAGUCCAAUCUUGGUAUCUCUCGUUGUCCGGUUUUGACCCCUUGACAGGUAUAUUUACACUAUGUUAACUUAAUCUAGUAACGGAUGCUGACCUGUUUGUUUGUAUUACACUAAUUUCGAACUUUUUAUGUCUGCUCUUUCUUCUUUAUAUAUUCUGAAAGAAUUAUUUCACCCAUACAUAUUGUUGGUGUUAGCAACCGUGUACUAAUAUGAUCACUAGAGGAUACUGGGAUUUUUGAUCAAUCUGAAACGUAUGCAACACAAAUAAAUUGUGUAUAUUGAUUCCAUGUUACACAUUUGCCUGAAUGUGUAAAACAUUGUUUUCUAUUAAGUAUCUAAAGUAUAGCAAGCAUGUUUCUCGUUGACGUUCUUAAGAUGAUUAAAUACGUUAAAGGGUGUUCAUAUAUAUGAUGUUGUAUCUUACCAUAUGGUUGUUUUUCAAUGAAAGUCUGGUAAAAGGCCUCAAUAGCCUCAGCAAGUUAGGGUAUCUUCAAAAUUCGAAAUACCUCCCAUUCAACUGAAUAAAUAGCGAAGGCUAUAUGCUUCAAGCUUACCUUCUCUCACAAAGGUGGAAUAUAAUUGGAAAAAAUAAUCAUGUAGCAAUGUUUCGAAAAGACCAUUCCAAUGUCGAUUUAAUAUAGGUUCACAUAUGUGUAUGUGUUUAUGCUGUACAUAGUAAAAUGUAACCUUGAAUUAACAACUAUAUAUAAUCUACGUGUAGUUUAUUAGUUCAACCAAGCGUAGUCUAAUCAUAACGAUGCAUUUAUAAGGGUUAUAAGUGUGACGAAUGUUCGACAGUUCUGCCAAAAUCACAAUCACCAUGACAAUGCUUAUAUUUAUCUUACACUGUAUACAUUUUUUUCUGUCAAUUUGUAAAUAAUCCUUCAGAUCAGCUCCGUACUGGCACCAGUCAGGGAAUUCAUCGAGAGCAAAGUUUGUUAUUUCGAAAUGUUUUCAAAAAUAUACCACUACUUAAGGACAGAUACAUGUUAAAUGUUUAUUUGUUUUAAUCUUAGUAUUAUCAUAAUUCACAGAGGUUAUUAAGAUUGUAUUGUCAUUAUUUAUAUGUGUAUAUAAUGAAGAUGAUUUUGUUUUAAAACUUAACAUUCAUUUUUGUGUUAAUUCCAUUUGUUUUUGUGAUUUGUUGUUUAUUACGACAUAAUUCCCUUAUCAUUCCUGAUGCAAAUUACCCAACGUAAACGUUGCGUGACGCCCGCAACCGACCUUUGAUGUUGGUUUUACUGUAAACUUGUAAACGUGUACAAAUUCACCAACAAACGUGUAGUGACUGUUGAUUCUGAAUCAACACAUCUUACAUGAAGUAAUAUUUCCUAAAUACGCCUAAUCCUUAUAUUUCAUGUACUACUUUAAUCGAAAACAAUUAUUUUUGCCUAAGUUUGAUGUUAUUUAUUGUAUUUCAAUUCAGAAACACUUUCUGUGGCGGCUUUGCUGCCUUCCUUAUGAAGUUUUGGUUUUGAUUAAGAUUGGAUUUGCUUAUAUGGCAGUUAUCUUUUAUUUGAAAAGGUAAAUUACUUUUAUUUUAUGUUUGCAAAAUUUCAUUU